UAUAAGAAGCCAACCUGCCUCCAGAUAUUGUUGGGAAAGCUAACUGGCAAUUCUUAGUACUUACCACAUCAGUGAAAAAAAUAAUACUAGUAGUAGUAAAAAAGAAAUUUAGUGCAAAGAAAGAGAAGUCGGAAAUGGCGAUCGGAACCAAAGUGAGCGUGGGUGUCAUAGUCGCCGCCUCCUCCCUCGCCAAUUGCAGAACCACUUUAUCCUUGGUUCAGUUCCACCUUCCACUACUCCGACCCCGCCUGCCGUCGGCUGGGCCCUUACACAACCUCCCUCUAGCUCACGUUUCCAAUCUUAUCAAGUCUGGUUAUUGCAUUCAAACUUCUCAGGAGAAAAAUAACUAUACUCGUUCGUGUAAGCAACGCGCUUUUUUCGGAGACGGCGGCUUGGAGCUGCACGAUGCCGGAGCCACGGCUUUGGUUGUCGCCGGAGCUUACACUCUCGUCUCGACUUUUGAUAAACUCACCUCCGCAAAUCUCAUCCAACAGAAUUUGAGCCGAAAACUGGUCCACAUACUGUCUGGAUUGCUCUUCAUGGCUUCCUGGCCAAUGUUCAGCACAUCCACAGGAGCUCGAUACUUUGCUUCGCUGGUGCCCCUCAUAAACUGCUUAAGGCUUAUUGUCUAUGGCCUUUCAUUGGCUAAAGAUGAGGGACUCGUAAACUCUGUCACUCGAGAGGGGAAGCCUGAGGAAUUGCUUCGAGGUCCCCUUUAUUAUGUUAUGAUACUAAUUUUAAGUGCAAUAUUUUUCUGGCGUGACUCUCCCGUUGGAGUGGUUUCAGUGUCAAUGAUGUGUGGUGGGGAUGGCAUUGCCGAUAUCAUGGGAAGGAGAUUUGGAUCCUUAAAACUACCUUACAAUCAACAGAAGAGUUGGGCUGGUAGCCUCUCCAUGUUUGUAUUUGGUUUCUUGAUUUCUAUUGGGAUGCUGUACUACUUUUCAGCCCUUGGAUGCUUUCAGUUGGAUUGGAGCUGCACGAUACAAAGAGUUGCCUUGGUAUCCUUGGUAGCAACACUGGUGGAGUCCCUCCCAACUACAGGAAUAGUAGAUGAUAAUAUCUCUGUUCCUAUAGCAAGCAUGGUAACUGCGUUUUUGAGUUUUGGUUACUAGCUGGUCAGAGAGAAUACUGUGUUACAUGCGUGUCAUAAUUUUUCUGUGGGCACUUCAAAUACUUCCCUUUUCAAUAUUUCCUGUUUCGUUUUUUUACUUUCUGGUGCAUAUUUUUCUUAUGUUUUAACCCCCAAAUUUCCUUAGCUCAUUGUAUUUGGGAACAAUAAAGAAGAAAAGGAGUAAUGGUUGGUACCUCCUUAUUUGAA